AUGUCGGUUGCCGCGCAAGGCGGAAUUGCAGACCCAGGGCUUAUAACACUGGUGAACAAGCUCCAAGAUGUUUUCACGACAGUUGGAGUACAGAAUCCUAUCGAUCUACCGCAGAUAGUAGUGGUUGGAAGUCAGUCGAGUGGAAAGAGUUCGGUACUAGAAAACAUAGUGGGCAGAGACUUUUUGCCCCGUGGAACCGGUAUUGUGACGAGACGGCCGCUUGUUCUUCAACUCAUUAAUCGAGCGCCUGGUGGAGGAAAGCCAAAUGGAGUCAAGGAGGAGGACAUAUCUGUAGGUCUUGAUAAGGAGGCAAAUGUGGAUGAGUGGGGAGAGUUCCUUCACAUUCCCGGUCAGAAGUUCUACGAUUUUCACAAGAUUCGAGACGAGAUCGUGAAGGAGACAGAGGCGAAAACUGGUCGCAAUGCUGGAAUCUCACCCGCGCCCAUCAACCUGCGGAUAUAUUCGCCGAACGUCCUCACCCUUACCCUCGUCGAUCUACCGGGUCUCACGAAGGUCCCUGUUGGCGACCAGCCUAGAGAUAUCGAGAGACAAAUCAAGGAAAUGGUACUGAAGCAGAUCAGUAAGCCAAAUGCCAUUAUUUUGGCUGUUACAGGAGCGAAUACCGAUUUGGCCAACUCUGACGGUCUCAAACUUGCACGAGAAGUGGAUCCAGAGGGUCAGCGAACAAUCGGUGUUCUUACGAAGGUCGACUUAAUGGACGACGGAACAGAUGUAGUGGACAUUCUUGCUGGCCGAAUCAUCCCAUUGAGAUUAGGAUACGUGCCAGUAGUGAACCGUGGGCAAAGGGAUAUCGAUAACAGAAAGGCGAUUACGGCUGCUCUCGAGAAUGAGAAGAACUUUUUUGAGAAUCACAAGGCAUACAGGAAUAAGAGCUCGUACUGCGGAACCCCCUACUUGGCGCGGAAGCUCAAUCUGAUUUUGAUGAUGCACAUCAAACAGACCUUACCAGAUAUCAAGGCCCGUAUCUCGGCAUCUUUGCAGAAAUAUACUGCAGAACUUGCGGGUCUUGGAGAUUCGAUGCUUGGAAACAGCGCGAAUAUCGUGCUCAACAUUAUCACAGAAUUUACGAACGAAUGGAGAACAGUCCUCGAGGGUAACAACACGGAGCUCUCAAGUGUGGAGCUUUCGGGAGGUGCCAGAAUCAGUUUUGUUUUCCACGAAUUAUAUUCCAACGGUGUCAAGGCCGUUGAUCCAUUCGACCAAGUCAAAGACGUUGAUAUCAGAACGAUCCUGUACAAUUCUUCGGGAUCUUCGCCCGCCCUUUUCGUCGGUACAACUGCGUUCGAGCUUAUUGUCAAACAACAAAUCAAGCGUCUAGAAGAUCCUAGUUUGAAGUGUGUGUCUCUGGUCUAUGACGAACUUGUUCGCAUCUUAACUCAGCUGCUGGGAAAGCAGUUUUUCCGUCGCUACCCACAACUCAAGGAAAAAUUCCAUGCUGUUGUAAUCAAUUUCUUCAAAAAGGCCAUGGACCCAACCAACAAGCUUGUCAAGGAUUUGGUAUCGAUGGAGUCAUGUUAUAUCAACACUGGACACCCAGAUUUCCUUAAUGGUCACCGAGCAAUGGCUAUUGUGAACGAGAAACAUUCUCCAUCAAAACCAGUGCAGGUCGACCCAAAAACUGGCAAGCCGCUUGCCUCAUCUACACCCGCAAGAGCCGCAAGUCCAGUCCUCGAUGUCAUGAAUGACGGCAAUGGAGGCUUUUUUGGAAGUUUCUUUGCCGGCCGGAACAAGAAGAAGAUGGCUGCGAUGGACGCACCUCCACCAUCUUUGAAAGCUUCGGGAACUCUUUCCGAAAGAGAAGGUGUUGAAGUUGAAAUAAUCAAACUUCUCAUCAACUCAUAUUUCAGUAUUGUCAAGAAGACCUUGAUCGAUAUGGUACCAAAAGCUAUCAUGUUGACACUUGUCCAAUUUACAAAGGAUGAGAUGCAGAGAGAGCUCCUCGAGAACAUGUACAGGACCGACUCUCUUGAAGACCUGCUUAAGGAAAGUGAUUACACUGUGCGCCGAAGAAAAGAAUGCCAGCAGAUGGUGGAAUCUCUAUCGCGUGCAAAUGAGAUUGUUGCACAAGUACAGUAA